GAGACCGAGCGAGAGAGCGCUAGAGAACGAGAGAGCGCGCGAGCAAGAGAGCAAGUCAGCGAGAGCGCGAGGGAGCACGAGACAGCAAGAGAGCGCGAGAGAGCAGCGCGAGAGCGAAUCAGCAAGAGCACGAGCGAGAGAGCGAGAGAGAGCGAGCGAGAGCGAGAGAGAGAGCGAGAGAGAGAGCGAGAGAGAGAGCGAGAGAGAGAG